CAGACUCUAUAUAGUUCAAUGUGUUUCUUUUCUUAACCCAAGCAAAAAACAAUUUUGAGUUUUGGUCACCUUCUGUUAACCAAGUAACCUUAGCUUGCUGUUUUUUCAUCAUAAUAGCUGCCUUUGUUUUGUGAUAAACCUGUCCUCUGAUCUCCCUUUCUUCUGGGAUAAACUGAGCUCUUCUUUCAGAUCUUCAAUCUGUUUAUGAAUAUCUGAGAAGUGCUUCUUAUGAAGUUUCCCCAGGGGUCCCUUAAGCUUCUUGAGAUUAUGGAUUGUUUUGUACAUACUGGAGUCAUCCCCUUCAUCCUUCCAAGUAGAUUUGACAACCUCUUCAAAGCAUGGAUCAAGGCUCCACAUAUCACAGUAUUUGAAGGACUUCUUUAUCAAUUAAAUAAUGAACUUGGGGAUAUUUAUAUUCUAUCAGCUUACUGCUUGCAGCAGGUCUCACAUGGGGCAAUACAAUUCACAGCAUAUGAAGAACUGCGCAAGCUUCUUAUUGAUUUUAAGUCUAGAAAGACGAACAAAAGAAGCAAUGACGAAUUGUUGAAUUCGCUUGAUUAUUCAUUUCUAGGGGGUUCUUCCAAAGUAGCUGCCAUUUUGUCCACAUACCCAUUUCAGGUCAUUCGAUCCAGAUUGCAGCAACGACCUAGUAUUGAUGGAAUUCACAGAUACACUGAUAGUUUGCAUGCAGUAAAAGAAACUGCUAGGUUUGAAGGCAUUCGUGGUUUCUACAAAGGUAUUACUGCUAACUUAUUAAAAAACGUACCAGCUUCUGCCGUUACUUUUGUUGUAUAUGAGGACGUUCUCAAGUUGUUCAAGUUGGUCAGAAGUAAAGAUUGAUUUUAUUAUUCUUUUCCCUAUCUUUUCUCUACCUCGUUUUUUCAUGUAUGUAGCAUCCUAGAUAUAGGGAAAUAGACAAAUAAUUUUGUCCUCUCUCGAUACUGAACAGUUAUUUAAAUGAAAAAAAUGUCACCCU